CAUGAAUCAAAGGCGCACAUGGAGCUUAAGUCCAACAGUUCACGCGAGUCAAACAUUAACUCCGGGUAGCGAGUGUGUCGCAACAACUGCAACUUCAUAUAGACGCGAAUCUAUAAACAACACGCGAGAAUAAUGGCGACAACACGAUCUCUACAUAUCCUCAAGAGACAGCAGCAUUUCCUUAACAAGGUGCAUUCAGCAUGGGUGGCCAGAGGUUUUGCAAAUAAAAGUGAUGAAGGCUGGUUGAGUUCCAUGUUUGCACACAAAGUGGAUGCCAGGAAAGAUGCCCACUCCAAUCUGCUCUCCAAGAAAGAAACCAGCAACCUCUACAAGAUUCAAUUUCACAAUGUCAAGCCAGAGUGCAUGGAGGCAUACAACAAACUGUCGGAUGAGGUACAGAAAGAACUCCAUCGUGAUGCAGAUUAUCCGUGUGAAGUCAUUGGAAGCUGGAACACCUGGUAUGGUGAACAGGAUCAAGCAGUGCAUCUCUGGAGAUACUCUGGUGGAUAUCCUGCUCUUAUGGAGUGUUUGCGCAAACUCAAUCUCAAUACGACGUAUCUUGCAUUUCGAAAAGAAAGAAGCAAAAUGUUGAUCUCCCGACGCAACCAGCUUCUUCUGGAGUUUAGUUUCUGGAACGAGCCUGUGCCCAGAAUUGGCCCCAACAUUUAUGAACUGAGAUCAUAUCAACUACUACCUGGUACUAUGAUCGAAUGGGGAAAUCAUUGGGCUCGAGCAAUCAAAUACAGACAGGAAAACAAUGAAGCAGUGGGCGGCUUCUUCACACAGAUCGGUGAUUUGUAUGUUGUUCAUCAUUUAUGGGCUUAUAAAGACCUGCAGUCUAGAGAAGAGACAAGAAACGCUGCUUGGUUAAAAGAGGGCUGGGAUGUCAAUGUGCACUAUACAAUGCCUCUUAUCCAAAAGAUGGAAUCGAGAAUUAUGAUUCCAAUGGAACAUUCUCCUCUGCAGUAAAAUCGACAGUGUUUCACCUAUAGACAAUCCAUCUGGAAAUCGAAUUUCAUGUAGAGUUUUGUUCUGACUUGACUCAAACACAUCUGAACCAGAUGAUCAAGAUCUUCAUGUACUCUUGAAGAAGACAGUUGUGUUAGAGUAGAGCGGGACCUAAACUCUGCAAGAAGGCAGAGCAAAAUGCCGGUGUUCAAGCCAUUCUGAGAACUACAAUGACAAACCUCAGUGCCUUUGUAUGAGACUGUUUGAGUGUAAAAUUAAAAUAGUAAUCUGAUAAAUGUGUGUAUGUAUGUGUAUAUAUAUAUAUAUAUAUAUAUAUAUAUAUAUAUAAAAUUUGAAAAUUAUAGUCUUGUUUGUAGUCUCAUUGUUUUCUUUUCUGGUGCAUCAUUUGGCCUGUUUGGUCUGUUGGGGUGCUUGAUGAAACUUUUAUCUGAAAUGCUGUUGCCUGUCUACAUAGCUUUACAUCGGCAAUUAAAACAUAUUUGUUAAAUUGAAUGCAGUUAUCAGAAUACUUUAUUUUGAUGUCCUUAAUUUGAGUACAAAUAUCAAAAACUCAAUUUUUAUGUGUAUAAUAAUAAAUGCAUACAUUUCUGCUGA